AUGAACGGACGUCCAUGGUUGGCAAGAACCGUCGUAUUGCUGAUAACUCUUGGAUUAGCUGCUGUCCUGUUUCAGUAUAACACUAGGCAGAUAAAAUCUAGCCAGCACACAUCUUCAGACGAGAAAUUAAACACAGUUCAGCCCAGAGAAGUUAGAAAUAAAGAAGUUAAAAAAUACAUUGCAGUGGCAUCUAAAGAAGAUAACUUGAAAGAAAAGAAAUUAAAAAAAGAGAAAUCAAAUGUUAAAACCAAGAAAGUACAAUCUGGUGGACCUUGCAACGAAAAGAUAAAUUUGUCAAUUUGUGCAGACAAAACACGAUACAAAAUUGAAGAUAUGUUGGAAACUGAUGACGAAAAGAACGUUGUUCGUGCAGCCCAGAAAAUUUCAAGCAAAUACGGAAUGGUUAUGAUGACGUUUAUGAACAAAGCUUUUGUUCCCUUUCUUACAAACUGGAUGUGCCAUACCAAAAGCAUGGUGGAUUACUCUCAAGUUCUAGUUCUAGUUACAGAUAAAGCAGUUCACAGUGAAAUAACCGCCAAGUAUCCUUCGCUCACUGUUGUGUUCCUGAGUAUAUUCAAAGACAUUAAUACUAAGCAAAGGUACUGUUCCGCCGGUUUUAUGCGCAUGGGUAUCUAUAGAACCAGGGUGGUGAAUUGGAUUAUACAAGAAAACAUUCCAGUCUUUCUUUUCGAAUUGGAUGCCAUGUGGACGAGUAACCCAAUACCAUUUUUGACAAGCAAGAAUGAAUAUGAUUUAACGAUUAUACCAACGUAUGAGAAAUCUUUCGAAUUAGCGAUUGGGUUUUACUAUGCGAGGAAUACCACUCGGUUAAAACAGUUCUGGAUGGAGCUCGAUCGUCGACUGGACUCACUAAUGACCAUGUUUUCAUGUUUAGACAAUGAAGAGCAUGUUCGAGCCAAAGACAAUGAUCAGAUAGUGUUGAAGGAACUUAUCAUAGAACAUUAUGGCAAUGUUAUUGUCUACUUUUUACCACUGACGCGAUUUCUUGAUGGAAAGUGGUACUCUAAACCAAAUGAGGACCAACUGAAAAACGCUUUUAUUCUUAACUUCAACUUCGUCAUCGGAGUUGAUGAAAAAAUACAAAGGGCAAAAAAAUUCGGACACUGGUUUGUCGCAGAUGAUAAUGUUACAUGUAUUAGUCAUAUGAAUAAAACAGCACCACAAAAACCUUCGUAGAAGAACAAGCAGGAAAUAGUUAUCAAACGAUCAAAUGGUUCCUUUGGGUGAUACAUUUUUAUAUAUUUAGCUUUAGGAAGCUGGGUUGUCAACAAACUACAUAAGAUCGACUUCUUAAAACAGAUGAAUUUUCAGUAUUAUUUAGUUUAAAAAAAUCUAAAUAUAUUUUUGCUUUAAAAUUGAUAUUUUUUUUUAUAUCUUUUGACAAUAUUCGUUUUCUCUAGAAGACUGUUUCUCUUUGCUCGCCCCAAAUUCUACAAGUCUUUGUAAGCCUUUGAUUUUUCACAUUUCAUUGCAUUUUGCUAGAGAAGCCUCACAUAAGAAGCCGAGAACUUAAAUAUGUAUGUCGGUCACUGUAAAAUCAUCAGAUACAAGUAAUUGCACUUCUAUCAAGUUAAAAAAAAAACUAGUAUCGAAUAUACCGGCCAAUGCAUUACAAACAAACAAAACGAACAGUAAAACCAAAUAUAAUGAAGACUUUAUGAGGAACUCUUCAAGCUAACAUUAAGAUUUAGAAGCGCAAUAUCGCAUUGCAUCAGCCAUUGAUAAGCCCGGAUGAUAACGUUGAAAAAUUGCGCGAGAUAUCCCAAGUACUUCCGAAUGGAGAAAAGAUGUAAACAUUUCCCAUUAUAAAUCUCCAUAAGAAAUUUGUUUUCGUUCUUGUGAUCUUUUAUGAGUAAAAAAUGAUAAUUGUUCAAUGAAGAUAUCUUGGACAUAUUCCCUUUUAUCGAUUUCAGCUGUAUUUCUGUCACAGAUAUGUGUAUUUUUAUUAAAAAUCAUCAAAAAGUGAUGAAAGCAAUAAUUUGGGACAGACUAUAAUGCUGUUAACAUUAUCGUGAAACCUUAAAAAAAUGAAAAGGUGAUAUUUAUAUUUUUUUAUUAAUAGAUUUAUUUAGACUCUGGGAAUUGAAUUUCAAAUUUUGAUUUUGAUUCAAGGAUUUUUUUGCAUUUAUGUGCAGCAAUUUGUAAUAUCGAGCAAUUUUGUUCGCUGUAUUGUUUGUUUGGAAAAUUAUCAUCAUUAAGUACCAAUGUCUUUAAUUAGUUUUAGGAGGAUGUAACCACAUACAAUUCUCUAUUAAGGCAUUUUUGUUGACAUAAAACAAAAUGACCCAACUCCUUUCCAGAUAACCGUCUGUAUUAGUUUGUAUGAAGUGUUAACGCAUUGUUAUUUUUAACUUCUUUAAACAUAUUGUCAUCCAUAUUAGCCUCAUAUGUUGUAAUGACUCCAUCCAUCGUCAUACUUACGUGUAUAUUGAUGUGGCAGUGUUUGCAAUUCUUCGUACAAAAUAUGCUAUGAAGAAAAAUGUAAAUAUGCUGUUUAUGGUUUUUUUUUUUUUUUACCAAGUGUGGAAGUGUGAACUGUAUAGAUUCUAUUUAGAA